AUGAAGCCUAUCAGACAGCAUCUGCGACUCAUACACUACCAUAAUGCUCGCAAGUCGGCGAUAGCGUUGGGCAGACGUUUCGCGACGGGCACGUCAUCCCCGAUGACUACCCAUACAGCUACCCCACCAACAACUGCCAGCAUACCUUAUCUUGCCGCCCCGGACCUUACCCACGCAUCGCAAGCGCAGCACGUCCGCGCCGUCGCACACCAUCUCUCCCAAGCAGGCAUCCUCAAGAUAAGUCUGGGCUUUCACGACCCCGAGAGCCACUACCUGACAGCGCUGAUCAGCAGCCUACACAAGCAUCACGGCCACGGGUUACCAAUAACGCAUAGCGCAUCCCGUGGGUGGUUCUGGGACGUCCGGCCCUGCCCGACCACCACCACCGAAACAGCAACACACCAAGCCCGCUCAGAAACCAUGCGCAACUUCCCCUGGCACACAGACUGCAGCUAUGAGAACGCCCCGCCGAGAUUCUUCGCAUUGCACGUCCUCCGUCCGGACCGCUGCGGCGGCGGUACCCUCUCCGCGAUGCCCGUCGAGCCGCUGACGGCACUGCUCGCCCCAGCGACAACAGCCACGCUCAGCAAGCCCGAGUAUCGCAUCACUAUUCCGCCGGAGUUCAUCAAAGACCCGCUGCGCACUUCUAUUGUGGCGCCUCUUCUGGCUGACCAGAGCGGCUCGCUUAUCCGCCUCCGCGGCGAGAUCGUCACUCCGCUGACUGAGCCGGCUGCUGCUGCAUUGGAUGAGCUGCGCAGUGUUCUCAGGGACAGCCCUGUCUCGGCGCUGCAUCUCACGGCAGCGGAAUUACCGGCGGGGUCGGUGGUCUUACUUGAUAAUGCGCGGUGGCUGCAUGCGAGGAACCACAUCUUGGAUCCGAAGAGGCAUCUGCGUCGUGUGCGGUGGCAUGCGGUUCCGUUUGGGAUGGGGAUGGGUGUUUGUCACGGUGUUUAG